AAUCGAGUCAAUAGAGUGAAAGAAAAUUGAUGGUACUCAAGUACUAGAGGUGAUAAAAAUGUCUCGAGGAGCUCUUCUCGUUCUUGAGGGCUGUGAUAGGGCAGGAAAAUCUACUCAAGUUAAAAAACUUGUUCAAGCACUCAAUGAUCUUGGAAUUACCACAGAAGAGCGUAAAUUUCCGGAUCGAAGUACAACAAUUGGAAAAGUAAUAGAUGAAUUUCUCACGAAUAAAAAGGAUUUACCACCUGAAACAAUGCACUUGCUGUUCUCGGCGAAUAGGUGGGAGUGUGUGGGCUAUCUCAGGAAAGCCCUUGAAAAUGGAACGACGUUGGUAGUCGACAGAUAUGCAGCUUCUGGUGCUGCCUAUGCAGCUGUCUCGACGAAGAGGAGUUUGUCCUGGUGUAUGCAUCCUGAUAGGGGACUUCCAGCUCCUGAUUUUGUGGGUUUUUUGGCUAUUGAUGAUGAAGUCUUGACGACACGUGGUGGGUGGGCUAAUGAACGAUUUGAAAAACAAGAAUUUCAGCGAAAAGUUGCUGAUAAUUUUUUAAAGUUGAAGGAUGACACCUGGAGGAUUAUUCAGGGGAAUCAGGAGGUCGAGGAUGUGCACAAGGUGUUGCUUGAUGAAGCCUUGAAGAUUAUUAAAAAUGUAAAGGAUCAGCCGAUCAAGGAACUUUAUCAAUUUAUGGAUUAACCCUUGUAAAAAUGUUGAAUUAAUUUUUAAACAUUUUAUUAAUGGAAAUAAACUCAGGCAUUACCAAAAU